AUGGACAACAAAGGAAGUCCGCUUAAAGUACUUGUGACGGGUGCAGCGGGAUUUCUCGGAUCAAACCUGGUCGAUUUCCUACUCGAUCAUGGCCAUACAGUGAUCGGCCUCGACAACCUUCAAAAUGGCUCGUCUCAGGUCUUGGAUCAUCUAAAGGAUCAUCCUCGGUUUGAAUUUAUCAAAAUAUACGGAUUCUUCACACAAGCACUUCAGAACCUUGGGGCAAAAACAGAAGUCUAUGGCAAUCCCUCAGUUCAUCCACAGCCAGAGUAUUACUGGGGCAACGUCAACCCCUUCGGCCCGCGAGCCUGCUACGACGAAGGAAAACGCGCCGCCGAGGCCCUGUGCUACGCCUAUCGAGAGCAACACGGCGUCGAUAUUCGUAUCGCUCGAAUAUUCAACACAUAUGGACCGCGCAUGGGCCCAAGCGAUGGCCGGGUCGUGUCUAGCUUUAUCACGUCGGCAUUGAAAGGAAAUGAUCUGAAGAUUACUGGUGACGGCACUACGACUCGCUCGUUCCAAUAUGUCACCGACUGUAUAAAAGGGCUAUAUACACUCAUGCAGAGCGAUUAUAGCCAAGGUCCGGUGAAUAUUGGUAAUGACGGAGAAUUCACCAUCCAGCAACUGGCGGAGCUUGUGAUCGAGCUUGUUUCGCAGAUGACUGGUCGGUCGAAAGUCGCUAUUGUGUAUUCUCUGCCGUUGGUGGAUGAUCCUAUGAUGCGGCGGCCGGAUAUCUCGUUGGCGAGGGAGGUGCUGUGUUGGGAGCCGGUGGUUCAGCUGGAAGAGGGAUUGCGCAGGACGAUUGAGUGGCAUAUCAACCAAGGACGAUGUGACUGA